CUAUUCUUAUUUCACAUAAUUCUUGCUCCUUCUCCUUCAUUCUGCAGCCAUAUUACGCAGCGCUAUGUGCUAGGUCUAGUUUUGAUAAUGUUGUUUAAUAAAAUGAUGCAUGUCUUGUGGUAUUACAGUAGCCUAUUCAAUACCUUCAUUUGGGUGCACAACUCUGACCACACAAAAAAGAAGGGAAAUGUAGUCUUUCGUAUAUCUUUUCCUGUUACUCAACAGCCAUUUUACACUGUGACCCCAAAAACCUGGGAACAUACUGCAAAGCUGAAUACAGUACAGCCCUACAACUUAACGAAGGGAUUCAAUUUACUGUGCAGCCAUUAUCGGAAAUAUGGAGUACAUUCUGUGCCUAUCGUUCAUACUGUAAUAGGGUUGACUAUAAAACUCUUACUAUUUCACCAUCUCACUAUUUAUAACAGCACUAUGGUUCUACUCCUACGACCAAUGCGUGAACGGCCUCAGAGUCAUUCUGAAUGUACGUGACAACACACACACAGCAGGGGGUUAAAAAUAUCCCAAAAAGACCCAAGCAGAACUGAGAGAAGAACAGGAAACAAGUCACUGGUGGCGUGAAAAAGAGAGAGAGAGAGAGAAAGAAACACACUUCUUUAGUACAGGCGGCACUUCCUUCGUCAGUCGCAGGUGGUAACUGUAAGCCCGAGGUCUGCUUGUGCACUCACCUGAAGCCCAGCAUCGCAACCAAAGAGCGCACUUCUGAACCAGGAACUAUGAAGUCUUCACUGCUGUGCCCUGCCAUUCUGAUAGCCACCAUCUUCAGGACAAUGGCUGAAAACAUGACUGACAGUCCAGAGCCUACUCUGAACACAACAGUCUUUGAACAUGGAACAACUUUGAAUGGAACUGAGCCUAUUUCUACUGUUUCUUCUGACGCUUCGACACAGUUUGACAAUACAACGGUCAGAAGAAAACCACACACAUCACACGUCACAAAGGCUAGCGCACCACCACCAAUGUCAUCGACCACCACCAAUGUCAAGCCUGUCGUUCAGACCUGCCAAACAUUGACCGAGUUACUGGAACUCAGAUGCCCUUCUGUGCUCAUUAUGGGGGGUCUGGCUAUAGGCUGCGUGAUUCUGCUGUUUAGCACCAUGGCACUGGCUUGCCAGGUGUGCCACCUUAAAAGCCAGAUCGGCGACUACUCCUUCGACACCUAUGCCAACAAGGCAAACGGCAGAAGGAGGGCCGAUGACGGCGAGCCCAACGAGGCCACCAUCAUGAUGUCGGAGGUGGCCAAAGAGGAUGAGAUGGAGAUGAAGUCGGAGACGGCGAGAGACGAAGAGGGAGACGGUGAGAGUCAGGCGGAGAACAACCAACCCAAGGAGCAGGAGAAGGAUGUGAACGAGACCCCCGGCAGUGACCAAAGCCCCACGGAAAAGACAGAUGCGGCUGAGAGUGACAAGACAGCUGCGUCUGGCGACUCCGAUGUGAUCAAAAGUUCAGUCAACGAAGCCGAGAAGCCUGAGGAGAACACAGACGAGGCGGCGCACAACACAAUCGCUGAGACUAAAGAUGUGACUGGCGGGUCGAAGAAAAUGGCGGAUGCAAACUAAAAGCAGCCCAGAGGAGACGUGGGCUGCAGGAGGAAGUGGCUCUGAGGCCUGAAGAAUGGUGUGGGCGUGGUUAUGAUGCCCCCUGAACUGUUACGGAGCAAACACGCUGAUUCUGAAUAGAAUCGCCACGGAUGUGUCUUUAUUUUCGGACUUCAGGUGUUAAUAGCCCUACUGGAUUUUUUACAUGAAGAUAUU